AGCCAUACAGGUUUUCCUUAUUGUAACUGUUAUUUUAAUUUGAACAUCAUGAAAAUCGCUGCGGUAUUUCUCUUGUUUGUUAUUGCAUGCCAAGCUGGUCAUGUGAUUCAACUGAAAAAAAUGAAGACCGUACGUCAGGACAUGCGUGAAAAAAACACCGAUUUGUCACUUCUUAUGCCUCCAAAAUACCUGAAAUUCAUGGCCGCAAACGCUGCCCCAGAACCACUUACAAAUUACCUAGACGCUCAAUAUUACGGCAAAAUUUAUAUCGGAACACCUCCACAGCCCUUUACUGUUGUUUUUGAUACAGGGUCUUCUAAUCUAUGGGUACCUUCUGUACAUUGCGCUAUAACAGAUAUCGCAUGUCUUAUCCAUAACAAGUACAAAGCUAGUGAAUCUUCCAGUUACAAAUCAAACGGCACUAGUUUUGCUAUACAGUAUGGGAGUGGCAGUCUUUCUGGUUAUGUCAGUAGUGAUAUAGUUAGCAUUGCUGGCGUAAAAAGCAAAAACCAAUUAUUUGCUGAAGCUACAAAAGAACCUGGUCUUACUUUCGUUGCCGCGAAAUUUGACGGCAUUCUUGGUAUGGGCUACCCUGAGAUUUCUGUAAACGGUAUAACACCAGUGUUCAACCAAAUGUUUAAGCAAGAGGCUUUGGCUCAUAACCAGUUCUCGUUCUAUUUAAACCGGGACGCCAAUGCUAGUUCUGGAGGGGAACUGUAUCUUGGCGGUGUAGAUACUAAAAAAUUUACUGGCAGUUUCAGCUACCAUCCUGUUACUGUAAAAGGCUACUGGCAAAUUAGUAUGGACAGUGUGAGCGUAGGCAGCUCUACAAGUGCAUGCGUUUCUGGCUGCAAAGCUAUCGUAGAUAGCGGUACUUCACUUUUAGCUGGGCCCACUGAUGAAAUUGAAAAAAUUAACAAGCUUAUUGGUGCAACCAAAUUUCUAAACGGCGAAUAUAUAGUUCAAUGCAAUAAAAUGGCGACCAUGCCCGAUAUUACAUUCUCUUUAAGCGGUGUUAAAUAUAUCUUGAAGCCAAACGAUUAUGUUAUGAAAGAAUCUACUGCUGGUGAAAGCAUAUGCAUCUCUGGUUUUAUGGGUUUGGACGUUCCUCCCCCUAGAGGACCCCUCUGGAUUCUCGGCGAUAUUUUCAUGGGAAAAUUCUACACUACGUUUGAUUUUGCUAAUAACAGAGUGGGAUUCGCACAGUUGGCAAAAUAAAUUUAAAAGAACUGCCAAAAAAUUAUACAGAAACAUAAAAUAUAUUCUCAAAAAAAAUUUUCAAAAAAAUUAUCAAGGAACAUAAAAACAUUUUCUCAUGGCAUAUAGCUUUGUGUAUUGGUUAUCAUACAUGCAUAACACUUGUGUUUUCAUUAAAUGUUUAUAAAAUUUGUCAUUAUGUACCAACAUUUGUUUGAGUUUUCCUUCUGGUUAAAUAUAGUUGUAUUAUUAUUCAGUGAAAUUAAUUUCAUUUAAUGCAUUUUGUCAAUGGUAAAAAUGCAAUUGAAUAAAAUUCAUGGUACAAACGCAUUUUAUUUAACUAUAACAGUGCUUCUCAACUUUUUCAGUGUGACCAAAAUAAAACAUUUUUUUUAGUAAAAAACAUAUAUAUAUAUAUAUAUGAUUAGUAAAAAAACUUUGGCUGAAAAACUUCUAAAACUACAUUUAAACGCAGAAAUAACUUAAAUUAAAAAAACAGUUACAAAAAAUACUUUCAAAAUAUUGUAGUAAAUAACCUUAAGAGUUUAGAAGCACUGUAUUUAAUUAAAUAAAUGUUUCAUUAAAACUGUAUAAUGGUACGCAAAAGUAUAUGUAAAAAGGCAAUAAAAAUUAUAAUUUCAUUUUUUUCAUUACUUAGA